UUAAAAAAUAUAAUAUUAUAAUUAAAUGAAUCGCUUCACAAAAGUUGCUACUAAAGAGCACUAUGCCAUUAAUGUCAUAGGAAGAUCUGCCAGACUUUUCCUCAAGCAGAAAUCUAUCAACUACAAUUUCCCCACUGUGGUAAAGCUUGCUUUCAACGAUGCCAUGACAUACAACCCUGAAAAUGGUAAGGGAGGAACUGUCUUUGGACUAGGAUUCAGGGAGCAUAAGUUGAAGCAUUAUAAUAAGAAGCAUCUGGGCGCUCUUGAGAAUCUCUUGUGGUUCAAAGAAUCCCAAGCUGAUGUCAGACUAGACGCUCUUUCAAAAUCAGAUUUCUUACAGUCCUUUGCUGUUAUUGCAAUCAAGGAUGCAAUGGGUCCAAACAUGUGUGAGAAUAAUAGAUUUGGAAGAAAAGAUGCUACCUCUGAAGAGCAGUUAGAAGGCGCAUGUGAAGUACCGCAGCCUGAGGAUGGAGUCACAAGUUUCAGAGAUGCCUUCCAUUCCAAAUCUUUUGACUCUAGAGAGAUGGUAGCUUUAUCUUCAGUCUAUACCUUCGGUGACUUCCAGCCUCGUAUUGCUGAGAUGAAUAAUCAAUAUUUCAAGAACCUAGUUGAUAAAGACAUUCAGAGCAAUGAUGCAUUGGACAAAAUCCUUCUUGACGACUCUGAGCUCAAAGAAUUCGUCGAACUGUUUGCUAACGAAACUGACGAAUUUGAAGAGGCUUUUACUGACGCCUGGCUCAAGCUCUACACACUGGGAAAUGACGAUAAAGAGCUAUUCUUCGAAGUUCCAAAGAUAGAGUACUAA